AUGGGACAAAAUAGCGGCUCGAGAUACGAUUCCUUACCCAUCAACCUCCUACAAGCACAAGAACAGUCCACCUUGCUUGAGCGCCUCGACGAGCUACGCCGCCUGGGCCUGCAUCACCAGGUGUUUUCUCACAAGCUUGUUAUCUGUGGUGACCAGAACAGCGGGAAGUCGGCGGUAUUCGAAGCCAUUACCGGAGUUCCGCUGCCUGUCAACAAUGGCGUUUCAACCAGGUUUGUGGUCGAAGUCGUGCUUCGGAGGGCACCGGAUACCAGCACACAGGUGAAGAUAUGCCCGGGGCCAAAUGCCUCCCCGGAUCACAGACACAAGCUUGGGGUGUUUUCUAGAUCGCAUAACUGGCUGUCGGAUAUCCCCAAGCUAUUUUCAGAGGCUCGCCUGAUCAUGGGCCUUACCCGCGAGGGUGCCUAUUCGGAGGACGUUCUACACUUGGAGAUGUCCGGACCGACUCUACCCAACCUUACGAUAGUCGACCUGCCGGGCUUAAUGUAUCUUCCCCGUGACGGCCAAUCCGCCGAGGACAUCGACAUGGCCAACAGCCUCACCGAAACCUACCUACAGAAUCCACGAUGCAUCAUCCUAGCCGUUAUUUCCGCGGAGCGCCAGCUCUCAGAGCAGAUGGUGCUACACAUGACGAGAUCUUGUACUGCUCGAACUAUGGGUAUUAUUACCAAACUCGACCGUCUAGAUCCCGAUGCCUCCAUUAUUGCUAAGCUAUACGACCGUGUCAAGCAGCAGAACAACUCACUGCAACUGGGAUGGCACCUUUUAAAGAACAUGGAUAGCGAGGGCCUCGAACGGCCUCCGAGAGUUACUCGUGAUGAUAUUGAAGAACUCUUUUUCUCAACCGUGACCCCGUGGAGAACCCUGCCUCCUCAUUCUGUGGGUGUCGGUGCUCUUCGGAGUAGAAUCCGUAAAAUAUUACUGGCCGAUGUCAAACGUCAACUUUCCAUAUUAUCCUCGGAUAUCAAUAUUGACCUUGAUACCCAUCGCACAUUAUUCGAGAAACUCGGCACCUCAAACAGCACUACCAUUGAACGUCGAGUGUACUUGGCUAGAAUAGGGGAGAGGUUUCAGUCUCUUACAAAGGCAGCUGUUUAUGGAGAGUACCACGAUCCAUACUUCAGAUAUCGUCCAACCCAUUCCAUAAGGCGGCUCCGUGCCACAAUCAGUAAUUGGACUGACGACUUCGCUCAGGACAUGAGGAAACGUGGUCACAGCUACACCAUUUACGAUGAUGCUUCCCAGAAAGAAGCACCGCCACAGUCACAGGAUGGGCCGCAACCAGUCACAAGAAGCGACUUUAUGACGGGCCUUGAAGAGUUUGCGAAACAGAGCAAAGGUCGUGAGAUCUCUGGUCUAAUGAACGCUCAAGUUAUUGGUGAACUAUUUAUCCGAUACUCCCUCAGAUGGAAGUCCAUUGCUAGAGCUCAUGUCUAUCAGAUGUGGACGAAGAUCAAGCAGUUUCUCAACGACCUCCUCCAUCACAUCGCCGAUGCAAGUAUUGGCGAGGCCCUCAUUCACAAGAUAUUCAAUAUUGAGAUGGAGAAGAAACUGCAAAAACUUCACGACAAGAUCGACGAGAUUGUAGCUCCAUUCAAGAAGGUUAUCCCAACGAUCGUGGACCCAGAGCUAAAACAACGAAUAUCUCAACUACGGACUAAAGCUAACGGCAAGGCUGGAGCCGACGGUCCUGAAUCAACCCCUCAGUCUGAGAUACUGGAUUGUAUGCUGGCGUAUUAUUCAGUGGCUCUCAACAACUUCAUUAACAAUAUCGCAAGCCUCGCUGUUGAAGGCUGUCUUAUAGAUGGCCUAGAGGACAUGAUAUCCCCAUCCAAAUUUGUCCAAAUGUCCAACGAUGACAUUGAAACUCUUGCAGCCGAGUCUCAAGACGUCAAGCUUGCUCGAUCAAGACUUGAAAAGCAGGUUCGCAUGCUUGAGCUUGCGGCAGCUGCCUGCACUCGCUGUGAACUAGUCGCUCUCGAAGCUACUGCAGAUAAUCAUCGUAACUCUACGGAAUCGAAAGAAAGCGAGAGGAGCACCGGUUCUGGAGCUUCGUCACCAGCCUCUAUAACGUCAGGAUCCGAUACAGAACGGUUCCCUCCCGCAAGGCCAGAACAACUACGGCCAGAACCGCUGCGGCCGUCUAGUAGACAAAAUCACCACAACGGCCAAAGUGGCAACCUACGGCCAUUCCCAUCACAAUCAGCACACCAGGAAAAACCAACUCUCCUCACCAACGCAGUAUACAGACCUCCAACCGGCCCUCCAUCCCCGGCUAACGAUAAAUUACCUCCGUUUUCUCAGUCCCGCGGCGAACACCGACGCACCGACUCAAAAUCUAAGCUUGGAAAACUUACAAAAAAGCAAAUGUCAAAAUUCGUCUCUUCGAUUUCGGAAGAGUAA